AUUGGACGCGAAAUUUCACAUUUUAUUUGUCAGGGGGUGUAGUGGUGUUGCGCUUAUUUACGAAAUACUUAAUAGUAAACAAAACACGUGCAUAUUAACGGUGUGACUGCAGUACAUUCUAUUUCACUUGUAUUUGAAGUAAACGAGUAAAAACAUCGUUCAUAUAAAAUUGUUUUUAAAUAUUAUUGAAUAAAAAUGCCGGUAAUAGACCCAAAUUCGUUGGUUAAACUGCAAACAGACAUCGAGCAUGUGCGUAAUAUCUGCAUUUUGGCACAUGUCGAUCAUGGAAAGACCACACUAGCUGACUCACUUGUGGCCAGUAAUGGCAUCAUUUCUCAACGUAUGGCAGGAAAGUUACGUUACCUAGACACGCGUCAAGAUGAGCAGGAACGUGGCAUAACAAUGAAGAGCAGCAGCAUAUCGCUGUAUUAUAGUGGCAAUGCUAAAAAUGAUGGCAACGAGCAAAAUUAUCUGGUUAAUCUGAUCGAUUCCCCAGGACAUGUCGAUUUCUCCAGUGAAGUCUCAACAGCUGUGCGUUUAUGCGAUGGCGCAAUCGUUGUGGUUGAUGUAGUCGAAGGUGUUUGUCCGCAAACGCGCGCAUGUUUGGAACAAGUUUACAAAGAACAACUGAAGCCAGUUUUGGUUCUAAAUAAAAUUGAUCGUCUCAUAAUGGAAAUGCAGUUUACACCAUUAGAUGCAUACUUUCACAUACUCCAAGUUUUAGAGCAGGUAAAUGCUGUACUCGGCAGCAUAUUUGCUUCGGACGUGCUAGCAAGGGAAGAUAUCACUAAUAAGGACAACUAUGAGUCAGCUUUGGAAGAUGUAGAUGAUUCAAGUUUAUAUUUCUCUCCAAAUGACGGUAAUGUUAUUUUUUGCUCUGCAUAUGAUGGCUGGGCUUUCUCUGUGAGCGACUUUGCCAGAAUCUAUGCAGAACGUUUAGAAAUAUCGAAAACGGACCUGGAACAAGUACUUUGGGGCGACUUUUAUUAUAAUUCUAAAAAGAAAUGUGCCAUCGCUGGUGCUCAGGAAAAGGCAAAGAAACCCAUGUUCGUACAGUUCGUACUAGAGAAUAUAUGGAGUCUCUACGAUAUUAUAGCAGUGCGUAAAGAUAAGCAAAAACUGCAAACCAUUGCCGAAAAAUUAGGGAUUAAACUACAAGCGCGUGAUUUACGUGUCACCGAUCCCAAAGCUCAAAUAAAAACUGUGCUCGGCCAAUGGCUGCCCAUCGAUCGCACCGUCUUGGAGAUGGUGGUGCAUCAUGUACCGGCGCCAAAUGUAAUUUCCGACGAGCGCGCAGAAAGACUACUCUUUCCACAAAAUGUCGAGUUAAAUAGUUAUUCAGCUGAGACAUUGUUGCUAAAAGACGAGUUCAAAUGCUGCAACAGCGACAGUGAAAAUAUCAUUGUAUUUGUUUCCAAGAUGGCACCUGUGCAUGUCUCACAACUGCCGCAAAAUAAGGAGAAGCGCUUGACUGAGGAAGAACUGAGUUCACGAAGAGAAGAAGUGCGUCGGCGCAUUGAAGCGCGUAAGCAAGCGGCUGAAAAUGCGGACUUAGAAAAUCUUACGGCUGGCGUAAAGCAGUUGAGUGUUGCAGAAACCACCGUUGUACCCUCAAGCACCAGUGAAUGCCAAGAAGAUUCCAAACAAGAAGAGCCUGAAAAGUCUGAUUAUGUUUUUGUUGCAUUUGCGCGCAUCUUCAGUGGCACUCUGCGACCGGGCAUGCGCUUGUACAACUUAACACCUAAACAUGACCCACGAAAUAAAGAUCAGUUGAAUAUGGACUCACCUUACAUAAGCGAGGUGACGAUCGGUGAUCUGUACAUGUUUAUGGGCGGUGAAUUACAAUCGCUGAACGAAGUGCCAGCUGGUAACAUAGUGGGCAUUGGCGGCCUAGACCAGGAUAUCGUCAAGACAGCAACAUUGAGCAGCACCAUUAACUGCACAUCGUUUAGUGAACUCAACCUAAUGGCUACUCCCAUAUUGCGUGUGGCUAUAGAGCCAGUGAAUCCGCAGGACUUACCCAAACUCGUAAAGGGUCUUAAAUUGCUGAAUCAGGCCGAUGCAUGUGUACAGGUAUCGAUGGCGCCCACCGGUGAGCAUGUCAUAACUACUCUGGGUGAAGUGCAUGUGGAGAAGUGUGUGCGCGACCUAGAAGAAAGCUAUGCCAAGAUAAAAGUCAAUGUCUCUGAGCCCAUAGUGUCGUUCCGUGAGACCAUAGUACCUGAAGCCACAGUGGACAUGGUUAAUGAAGCUAUAGUAAAGACGGCCACCGAUAAGGACAUAACGAAAAAGAUUGUCACCCAGCAAACAGCCAAUAAGUUAGGCACACUGCGCAUUAUAGCGUUGCCGCUGCCACAAAGUGCUGUUAGCUUGCUGGAAAAAUAUCUCAGCCUCUUUAAGGAGUUGGCGGCGAAUAGCAAAGGUGUUGCAGUGUCUGAAAAAUAUGUCGCGCUCAUAGCGCAGCUAAAAACGCAACUAGCUAACGCUUUAACUGAAUUCGAUCUUAAGGGUCUGUCAGCGCUAACGCCAAACGAGUUGGUGGAUCGUAUCUGGGCGCUCGGUCCACGCAAUUGCGGUUCUAAUAUACUGUUGAAUUUGAGCGACUAUGAGCAACCGAAUUUUUGGCAGUCGUUGACGCUACAAACGGACAAUGAUGCCGUUACUAAAGUGGCGAGCGAUAUGCGCAGAGAUUAUAAUAGCUCAUUUGUCAAUGGCUUUCAGUUGGUAACCGCAGCGGGGCCACUUUGUGAGGAACCCAUGCAAGGCGUUGCUUUUGUGGUGCUCGAGUGGUCGGUGGAGGCGGGAGACGAUCUGAAUUCCAAGUCUUAUGGUCCAUUUUCUGGACAAGUGCUGACUGCAGCGAAGGAAUCUUGCCGCAUGGCAUUCCAGGCGCAACCGCAACGUUUGGUCAGCCCUAUGUAUAGCUGUAACAUUGUGGUGAAUGCAGAAGUUUUAGGAAAAAUGUACGCUGUGAUUGGGCGGCGUCAUGGCAAAAUUCUCUCUGGCGAUUUAACACAAGGCAGUGGCAAUUUCUCUGUAAUGGCUAUAUUACCAGUUAUUGAAUCAUUCAAUUUUUCCCAGGAAAUACGAAAGCAAACAUCGGGUCUAGCCUAUCCACAAUUGGUGUUCAGCCACUGGGAGAUAAUCGACAUUGAUCCGUUCUGGGUACCGACCACCGAGGAGGAGAUUACACAUUUUGGCGAAAAGGCAGACUCAGCCAACCGUGCCAAAGCAUACAUGGACAGCGUGCGCCGACGCAAAGGACUCUAUGUGGAUGAGAAAGUUGUGGAGCAUGCAGAGAAGCAGCGCACUUUAUCGAAAAAUAAAUGAGGCUCUCCGAGGAUGUCUAUGUAUUCCAUUUGUGUUUGUGUAUUUUUCAUAUAGAUUGUAAUUUUUUUUUUCAAAUAAAAGUACAGAAUAUCUAAAUUUA